UUCCUUUAAUAAAGAGGAACUGUAUUGGGAUCUCUUUUCCAAACCGAGAGCCUAAAUAUAGAACACAUACACGGUUGAUUUACACCAAAGGACAGGAAAUUGAGUUCUCGCUGUGAAAACUGGAAAUGUAAAGAUUGGGAUUGACACUAUAGCUCCAACAGACUGCUGAAUCCUCUCCGCUGUUUAGGUGCUCCUCUUGUAACUCCCUGUUCGCACUACUGACAAAAGAGUGUCUCUGAAAAUGUUUCACCUUCUCAGAUAUUUUCAAGUCCCUUCCAAGAUGGCAUAUCUCCAAAUACUGCUGCAGCCCAGGAGUAGAGCUGCCUGCUCCUUUGUCCCGUUACAGUGCAGUCUUACUGGUCUGCCAAAAUCACAGCUAUUCAGGCAUACAUCUUCUGGCUUAAGUAAGGCCCAGGGCUUCCAUUCCUCUUGCUGCAAUUGGAAGAAAAAGAAACCUCCAGAAUCUGCACCCCAAGAGCUGGACUUCUUGCGAUAUUACAUGAAAUCACUCAAGGACACUCCAAAGCCUGCCCUGUACUUGAGUGUUGCAGGAUUAAUUCCAUUUGUUUCAGUGCCAUUGCUAAUGGCUAUCCAGGAGUCCACUUACCCAGAACUGGUAUUUGCUCAGAUUGCAUAUGGUGCUUCUGUUGUGUCCUUCUUCGGUGGGAUCAGGUGGGGAUUUGCUCUUCCAGAAGGUAGCCCUGCCAAGCCUGAUUGGAUUAAUUUAGGAAACAGCAUUGUACCCUCAAUACUGGCCUGGAUUGCUUUGCUUUUCAAAGAUGGCUUAAUGGAAGCUGGAAUAAUUGUUAUUAUGGGCCUAGGGAUAACCCUGCAUUAUGAUCUUGCCCUCCUUCCCACUUAUCCCAGUUGGUUUAAAGCCUUGAGGGUAAUUGUAACAUUAGUGGCUGUAUGUUCUUUAAUAGCUACAUUAUGUAUAGUAAACAUUUAUCCUGAGAAGCAUUUAACUCCUGCUACAAAUAAAGUGGAAGACUGAAAAUAAACCGACAGAAAAUGUCAUAUCUCAAAA